AUGGCAUCUUCCAGCGCUAUCUCACAGGUCCCAUCUGAUAUUAUUGCCUACAUCCUCUCUCAUCUGGAAACGAUCGAGGACCUGUCCGUCGUCAUUCAAAGCCAUCGGAUCUUUCUCAACGCCUUCAACGACGGCCCCUGCUCAAUUGCUCGCGCCAUUGUUAAGAGCCAGGUUCCAAGCGACGCCGCCCCUCUUCUUGUCGCAGUGCUAGAGGCUUCCCGUAUCGACCAUGGAGCCGGCAUAGAUACAUCUCGUGAGAUUCUGAAUCGCUUCAGGCGCGCUAUCUCCAAUCCCAGUCAGAGUCAGCCAACAUCAUUCUUUCUAUCAAAACUUUCGCUUUCGGAGCUCGCCUUUUGCAGUCGCAACUACGUUACUGCUGAGUCGCUUGCGCAUAAACUGGCCGCUGAGGUGAAGCCCAUCGCCAUCCAGAAACUUGAUUUUGGAUGCUCUGCUUUACCGCACCUCACCUCGACUGAGAAAACUCGACUUGUAAGGGCAUUUCUACGAUUUCAGCUCCUGUGCUAUCUUUUCUGUCCUCCAGCUAGUGCCUGUCCUUCAUCGGACGACGGUGACUGGAAGAAAAGGGCAUAUAUGAAUAAGAUGCGCUUCCUCUCUUUUGACGAGCUUGCAUGGCAUGAUGUGGAUUGGGGCGAGUUGCCUGUCGAUAACAAUAUUGAACCGGAGGGAAACCUUCGUCUUCAGGGGUUUCUUUCUAGAGGACUCGGGUUACUAGAUGAAAUUGCCCGUACUGAUUCAUAUGCCUCACGGGCUCGUCUUUUGCGGCUGGACGAUUGUCCGUUACUGGAUUACGAGCGGCUUCCCUCUCAGCAAUUCAGCCACUUUUUUCCUAGCCAAUUUGUCGUUGACUCCCUGGGCCAUUUACGGCUGCAAGACUGGACAGCGGAUCAACUGGGGCUUCUCUCAGAAGGAGGAGACGGGCCGCGGGACUCGACGGGAUCGAGUUCGUGCCUUGUGUGGCUCGGAGCCAACGCUGGACGCAACAUCUUAGGGCAAAGGUCUGAUGUGCAAGAUAUGAAUGACGAUACGAACCUGUGGCAGUUGGGUUACAACAUCUGGGACUGGGAAUUUCAAGAUUCCACCCCCUCGACGAGCGUUGUCAAGAAAGCUUGCCGUGAGAUGCGAUCCAUGCCUCCUCCUUUCAAGCCAGGUAUGCAGUAUGAUGAUGAGGCCAUAUCGCGAUCUCAAAGCCAGCGCUCGGAUAUAUGGUUGGCAGGAGGACGCGGCUACUGGCCCAUGGGCGGUGCGAUUGAUUUUGGCGGCAUACAAGGGCUGAGCCCAGAGAAGAUGGCAGAUCUGCUGCACAAAUGGGACACCAAUAUGGAUAUGUAA